AUGAUACUUUAUAAAUCGUCACUUUUAUUAAAAGAUGAACAUUAUUCGCAAAUAUUUAAUUUAUCUUGCGAACUUUUAUUAGAGCAUAAUAAGGGAUUAACUGCUUCUCCUGCAACAAUUGUUAUUCUAACAGCUGCUCCUGCUGGUCAUUUAGUCGAUGCAUUAUUUCAUACUGAAAUGGAAAAUUCAUCUGCAUUAAUACGUUAUAAUGCAAUAUUAAAAUUUCAAAC